CCGUACCAGCCCCCCCGAGGAAGUCGGCCACGCCCAACAUGCAUGCCUGAAUCAGGAUCAGUUGGAACGCUGGUCAUGCAGGCCGUAAUAGAACGAGAGCAGCAUUGCUAGGAAGCGAGAGUCACGCUACAUUCAAUGGAAUUCCUCCGCCAUGGCGUGCCCGACGGCGCCCAGAUCAAACUCUCCGGCCGCGACGAGAAUCUCGAGGUCGAACCGACCCCGCGCGAUCUGAUCUACCUUGACUACAAUGCGACCACCCCCAUUGACCCCGCGGUGGCGGAGGAGAUGAUUCCCGUGCUGCGCGCGGAGUUCGGAAACCCGUCCAGCGCGCACGCCAUGGGGCGGAGGGCCAACGCGGUGGUUGAGAGGGCGCGGGCGCGCGUGGCGCAGCUGCUCAAUUGCUCCGCAGACGAGGUGGUGUUCACGAGUGGGGGCACGGAGUCCAACAACUGGGCCAUCAAGGGAGCAGUUUCCACACAUAACGCCCGCUCUGCUGCUGCUGCUGCUGCUGUUGCUGCUGGUGGUGGUGGCGGUGCUGCUGCCCCGCACGUGGUGAUAUCAGCCGUGGAGCAUCCGGCAGUGACAGAGGUGGCGGAGCAUCUGAGGGUGGAGGCGGGGUGUGAGGUGACGGUGGUGCCCGUGGACAGCGACGGCAUUGUGUGCGCCGACCAUGUCGUGGCGGCUGUGCGCCCCAACACUGCCAUCGUCUCCAUCAUGCUGGCCAACAACGAGGUGGGCUCGCUGCAGCCCAUUGCACAGAUUGCUGCUGCUCUCAGAAACCACCGGGCGACCAGAGCAGCACAAGAUGCAGACGCUGCACAACAUGCACAAGAUGCAGCAGAUGCAUCACCAUCGGCAGCAGCAGCACCAAGAGGGGCAGAGUUUCCUCUGCUGCACACAGACGCCAGCCAGGCAGUGGGCAAGACCCCUGUGGACUUCACUGCUCUCGGAGUUGACCUGCUCACUGUUGCCGCCCACAAGCUGUAUGGCCCCAAGGGCGUGGGAGCGCUGGUGGUGCGGCGGGGGGUGCGCCUGCCGCGGCUGAUGCACGGGGCGGGCCAUGAGAAGGGCAGGCGGGCCGGCACUGAGAGCACCGUGCUGCUGGCGGGCCUGGGGAAGGCAUGUGAGUUGGCUCACGCGCAUCUUCCCACGGACACGGCCCACAGCGAGCACAUGCGCAGCAGGUUGCUGCACGGCCUGACACGCCGCCUGUGCCUCGUGGGGCCGCAGCAAGAGAGAGGGGAAAAGGAGGGGGGGGGCAAGGGGGGUGAUGUGGCGUUGCAGGGCAGCAACGGUGCUGCUUCAGUCAACAAUGAUGGUGACACGGUUCGGUUCAGAGUGAAUGGGCCGUGUGACCCAAGCAAGCGGCUACCCAACACCCUCAGCCUCUCUUUCGAGUCCCUUCACGGCCCCUCCCUCAUGGCUCGUCUCCUCCCCCGGGUCGCCUGCAGCGCUGGCGCUGCCUGCCACUCCUCGCCCGCUCCUUCCUCUCCCUGUCCUGCCUCUUCCGCCUCAACCCCUCCCCUCAAGCAAGCAGCAUCACCCCCCUUCCUCAAGGGAUCGUCGGUGUUGGAGGCGAUGGGAGUGUGCGGGCGAUACGCGAGGUGCACUGUGAGGGUGAGCGUGGGGCGGUGGACAACAGAGCAGGAGGUGGAUGAGGCUGCUGAGAUCAUUGCGGAUGCUGUCGUGCAACUCAAACGGGAGCAGCAGCAGCAGCAGCUGUCGGUGCACUAGCCGCCGUGGAAUGGAAGGAUCUUGGAGAGUGUUUGUGUUGUGUUGUGUCUCUCAACAGCUGCUCAGCACGUUUCAUUCAGUUGCCCUUCAGCAUGCUUUUAUGGGGUAUUGUGGAAGCAAGGAUAAUUGUACGAUACGUUGUAAUGCUAUGUCAUUCAUUGGGUGAGCUUAGUAUUGCUGCCAGGCGUGAGUGCAUUGACCUGCCAGAUUGCCGGAGUUCCACUUGAAAACCUUAGC